AGACGGGAGCGCGCAGUCUCGAGCAGACAGUGGGCAGCAGAAGGUGCGGGAGCAGGAACUGCAGAAGUACCGUAUAGGCGCUGCUCAUCACGCUAUUUCUCUAUUUAGGUCGCUCGAGCAUCCCUUAACAAAAUGCGUGAGAUAGUGCACCUGCAGGCAGGGCAGUGCGGGAAUCAGAUCGGAGCAAAGUUCUGGGAGGUGAUCAGCGAUGAACACGGGAUUGACCCCACCGGUACCUACCAUGGCGACAGCGACCUGCAGCUGGACCGCAUUAGUGUCUACUACAACGAGGCAACCGGUGGGAAGUACGUUCCUCGAGCCAUCCUGGUGGAUCUAGAACCCGGCACCAUGGAUUCUGUCCGCUCUGGUCCUUUUGGACAAAUCUUCAGACCAGACAACUUUGUUUUUGGCCAGAGUGGGGCCGGUAAUAACUGGGCCAAGGGGCACUACACAGAGGGGGCGGAGCUUGUGGACUCUGUGCUGGAUGUGGUGCGUAAGGAGGCAGAGAGCUGCGACUGCCUGCAGGGUUUCCAGCUCACGCACUCGCUGGGCGGUGGCACAGGCUCGGGCAUGGGCACCCUGCUCAUCAGCAAGAUCCGCGAGGAGUACCCCGACCGCAUCAUGAACACCUUCAGCGUGGUGCCCUCGCCCAAGGUGUCCGACACGGUGGUGGAGCCCUACAACGCCACGCUGUCCGUGCACCAGCUGGUGGAGAACACGGACGAGACCUACUGCAUAGACAACGAGGCGCUCUACGACAUCUGCUUCCGCACGCUCAAGCUGACCACGCCCACCUACGGUGACCUCAACCACCUUGUCUCGGCCACCAUGAGCGGAGUGACCACCUGCCUCAGAUUCCCCGGGCAGCUCAACGCCGACCUGCGCAAGCUCGCCGUCAACAUGGUGCCAUUCCCCCGCCUGCACUUUUUCAUGCCUGGUUUUGCCCCUCUCACCAGCAGGGGGAGCCAGCAGUACCGUGCCCUGUCUGUGCCAGAGCUCACGCAGCAGAUGUUUGAUGCCAAGAACAUGAUGGCGGCAUGCGACCCGCGCCACGGUCGCUACCUCACCGUAGCCGCCGUCUUCCGCGGCCGCAUGUCCAUGAAGGAGGUGGAUGAGCAGAUGCUCAACGUCCAGAACAAGAACAGCAGCUACUUCGUGGAGUGGAUCCCCAACAACGUCAAGACUGCCGUCUGCGACAUCCCUCCCCGUGGCCUCAAGAUGGCCGCCACCUUCAUCGGCAACAGCACAGCCAUCCAGGAGCUGUUCAAGCGCAUCUCAGAGCAGUUCACCGCAAUGUUCCGCCGCAAGGCUUUCCUGCACUGGUACACGGGUGAAGGCAUGGACGAGAUGGAGUUCACUGAGGCCGAGAGCAACAUGAAUGACCUGGUAUCCGAGUACCAGCAGUACCAGGAUGCCACAGCCGAGGAGGGCGAGUUCGAGGAGGAAGGUGAAGAGGAGGCUGCUUAAUCCCUCCUUCCUCUCCUUCACCUCAUCCAUUUAUCUUCCAGCUCCACCCACUUUUUCAGUCACUUUCUGUUCACCCUUUAUUCUUUCCACACCCCCUGCCCCCCCCUCUCUCUCUCUCUCUCUCUGUCUACUCUACUGUCACAGUGUUUUGUGAAGGUGUAUUUGUGAAAUAAAGCUCUCAGUAACCUGUUCUCCCAUUAACAGUUGUGUCUUACUGUGCUCUCUCCAUCCUUUAUUCUGUUACUCAUUUCCUGAUUCAAGAGCAGCACUCACUGUGCAUCAUAAAAACUUAUUUCUUUAUUUAAACACCCUUAAAUUUCAUGCAGAUUGAAUAAAGACAUGUCUGAACUCUUC